AUGCGUAAAUAUGUGACCAAUUGGAUAUUCUUCUUUUGUCUCAGCUGCGUCAAAUCAUUCAAUCUCGAUGUAAAUGCGCCCAUAUACAGGUUUGGUCCCGAGGGAUCCAACUUUGGGUUCUCCGUUGCGGAGCAUUUCAAAGGGGACAGACCAGUGUAAGCCCAUCGUUUUUGUGCUUUUUUAUUUUCUCAUUUACAGAAUGCUGAUCGGAGCGCCACGUGGAGAAUCGGGUCAAACUGGUACGGAACGGGCUGGAGCCAUGUACUCCUGCGAUAUCAGCACAUUUUACAAUGCUGGAUCGAAGCUUUGGUAAGCGAGAGUGAGAUGAUUGAUGAUAGUGGAAAGAGGAUACUUUCAGGUGCGAACAGGUGCGCUUCGAGUACGACAACGCCGAAGAUUACAUGAAGAGGCCGAACGAAACACGUGGCAGAGCUGUGCAUCAUUUGGGAAAGAAUGACCAGUUGCUCGCCUCGACGAUCGUUUCGAAAGGAACCAAGAACGGAAGUGCGUUGGUGAGUCAUUCAAAAUGAGCAAUGUUGAGCUCCAACAAUAAAUCUUGCUUAGGUGUGUGCUCCGUUGAUCCGAUAUCAUCAGACAGCCGCCUAUCCGCAAGGCGCUUGCUACGAACUCGAGACGAACCUCCGUCUCCAAUCCACGUACUCAACGUGCGCCCAGAAAAACCUUCCGACUACAGACAGACACAAUGAAUACGGAGGCUGCAUGGAGGGAUUCUCGGCGGCCAUCACACAGGUUACACACGAAUGAUCUCGUCGCAAGCCAAUAUUUUCUCUGUUCAGGACACUAUUGUGACUGGUUUGAUCGGCGCUGUAAAAUGGACGGGAGGUGUUUUCGCGAGGAAAUCCUCGGCGAGCAUCUUCGAUUCGGUUGUGGAAAAGUACACGAUGAAUCAGCCGGGAGACAGCGUCCGCAGUCGACUUGUGGCUCACGACUACCUGGGAUACUCCGUCGACAUCGGAAGAUUCGGAUUCUGGUACGAGAAGGGGAAGCCAAUUACCGUCGUCUCCGGAGCAACUCGUUACGGAGAGCACGGAGCAGUCAUUUUCCUUCCGUUCAUUCAAGACUCGAGCUCUAAACUCACUUUGAGUGAGGAUAAGUUCAUCAUAAAUGGAACGGCAAUGGGAUCUGCUUUUGGAUAUUCAAUCGAAGUAGUUGAUCUGAACGGAGACGGAUUCGACGAUCUGAUUGUUGGAGCACCGUUCGAGCACAGAACAGGGAUCGACGGAAACUUCGGAGGAAUCGUCUACGUGUACUUCUCUCAGGGAAUCGAGAGACAACACCACGAAUCUCAUCUGGUAUUCCAUCCUCCGAAGGUCAUAAAGAAUCCUGACUUCUACUCACAAUUCGGAUUGUCCAUCACGAAGUUGGGAAAUGUGGAUGGAGAUAAGAACGGACUGAAUGACUUCGCUGUUGGUGCUCCGUUCGCAUUCGACGGAGCAGGCGCUGUUUACAUCUACCUGGGAACCAGAAACAUUGACAAGUUCCGGAAGAAGCCAUCUCAAGUGAUCAAGGGAAGCGAACUGCCGAACCUUCCGGGAGGAAUCAUGCGAUCGUUCGGAUUCUCGCUGUCCGGAGGCUCCGACAUGGACGACAACGGCUAUCCGGAUCUGCUAGUUGGUUCUCCUUCCAAGAACUUUGUCGCCCUGCUUCGUGCCCGUCCUGUUAUCAGCAUUGAUGCGAAACACAAAAUGCAGAGUAGGAUGGUGGAUAUCGACAAAGGAGUUAACUGUCCGCGCGGUGCCAAGACCUGUUUCCCACUCGAAAUGGUCAUUUAUGUCGAUGAGGAAACCACCCGAGGGGCGGAGCUUGUCGACUUCUCUUCCGACGUCUUCAUGUGCAAUCUGGAAGCGAUUCCGUAUCGGGCUGACGUCACAGCUCGCGGAUUCGUCGAAGGAAGUCACUCGCACAACUACUCGUGGCCCUGCGGAAGCAACAGUCACGUACAGAAGAGGACGUAUCGCCAGAACAUUUACUUGCCGACCCAAGAAGCAAAGGACUGGAUUACACCCCUCAAAUUCCGAUUCACAGUGAGCAUUCGGUAAGGUGUUCGUUCGCUUUUCCAUUCAACGUCACGUGUUUUCAGCAACGAGAAGAAGCCGAUUCAGCCCCCACAAGGAAGCCAAGUCGUCGAUCUGAAGCACUUUCCUGUUCUGAAUAAGUACGGUGCCUCGUAUGAGUUCGACGUCCCCUUCAAUACUCUUUGCGGAGAGGAUCACACGUGUCAGACCGAUUUGUCACUGAAAGCCGCUUUCAAGGAUAUUCCUCUGUAAGAAAGCAACCCCUCGGAUUUUCAAUGCAAAUGCCUUUUUAUUCAUUUCAGGACUAAAAACGGAUACGUUUCAAAUGUCGGCGAGAAGGAUUAUCUGGACAUGACAUUUACGGUGGAGAAUAAAAAAGAGAAGGCUUACCAGGCAAACUUCUAUCUGGAGUAUAACGAGGAAGAAUUAGAAUUGCCGCAAGUGCAAGGAAACAAGAGAAUGCUCGCGCAGACCAUCGGAAAGAACAUUGUGCAUCUGGCACUCGGAAAUCCGAUGAACGGAGGAUCGAAGCAUCAGUUCACCAUUCAGUUCAAGCUGACCCGAGGAAGAACAGAGGGAAUCGGAAAGGCCCUCAAGUUCAUUGCUCAUGUCAACUCGACUUCUCAGGAAACCGAGGAAGAAUUGAAGGAUAACAAGUGGGAGGCUGAAGUUCAGAUUAUCAAAAAAGCGGAACUCGAGUUGUUCGGAAGCAGUUAUCCAAAGAUUGUACACUAUGGAGGGAAGGCAAAAGCGGAAUCUGAAUUGGAAUUGGAGGAAGAUAUCGGAAUAAUGGUCCGUCAUAACUACACGAUUCUCAACCACGGACCCUGGACUGUCAGGAACGUUGUCGCCAAGUUCGACUUCCCUUACCAAGUGCAUUCGAGCUUCGGAAAGGGAAAAUGGGCUCUUUAUCUUCUCGACGUGCCAACCAUCACUUUGGAGAACACGGACGGAUCGAGAGAAGUGAGAAAGUGUUCUGUGGAGCAGAAAUAUGAAUACGUGAAUCCUGUGGACAUCAAGUUGAAUACAAAGUACAGUACUCAAGAGACAUCUCCGACGAGGGUGGAGCACAGAGUGAAAAGAUCAGCAGAAGAAGAAGAAGAUGAAGAAGAAGAGAGAUCGGAAUCGCAGACAUCCACGGAAAACGAGGAGUUCUCCCUGGCAAAAGUCUGGAAUUGGUUCACAACGACGAGAGUGGAGAACGGAAUGAACGUGGAAGUUGUCACUUUGGUAAGGAAAACCAAUAAUACUCUUCGAUCCUCUUAAAUACGUUGUCUUGCUUUCAGAGCUGUCCUGAGAAAACUGCAAACUGCUUCACAGUCGUCUGCCACUUUGACUUCAUCGAUGCCAAUUCUGCGCCAGUGGUCGAUUUCCGAGCAAGAUUGUGGAAUUCCACGUUCAUCGAGGACUACACCAAUGUUGAAUACGUUGAGAUUAAGUCAUUUGGAAGGUUAGAAGUGGAUGCAUCUCAAGGGAUCGACGACGAUUCAGCCAACAACCAGGCUUCCGUCGCCACGUUCGCUUAUCCGGACAGACCGGCGAUAGGUAAGAACGUCUUCGUGCAUUCUGUUCUUUCAUUGAUUGCUUUUCAGGAGAAACUCGUCCGGUCCCUUGGUGGAUCCUCGCCGUUGCUGCCUUUAUUGGCCUUCUCAUCCUCCUUCUACUCAUUUUCGUCCUCUACAAAUGCGGAUUUUUCAAACGAAACCGCCUCGAUCAGCCGUCGCUCUACACUGCUCAAUUGCGUCACGAAAGGGAACAAUGGGCUGACACGGGACUGUAG